CACCAAUGCGCAUGCGCAAUACAAAUCUGUAGACCCCUGGUAGCCUGGCAAGUUAAUGGUAACGGCGACCAAGAUUUAUUUAAUUUUUUCUAUCAAGGGAGUAGAGAUUCAAGGCUGAGUGAUGAGGCGCUGUCUCUUCUUGCUCCCUGCACUUCUGCUGCUGCUGGCUCUGCCUGACACCAGAGGGCGUUACAACGACGAUUUUGAUGAUGGCGAAGACCAGGCCGAGUUUGAUGACAACGACUUUGCAGAGUUUGAGGAUAUCGCCGAGGAGCAGGCGGUCGAGACGGAAAACAAGCCUCCAGCCAGACAGAUGCCUUCUUCCGCUCCAGAGGAGGACGAUGAGGAUGAAGCCACAGUGGAGAAUGAGGAUGGACAAGAUGAGUUUGAGGAUGGCGAUGGACAGGAUCAGGACAUUUACAUCUAUGACAAUGAGGAGUUUGAGGGCCAAGACACGACCAGCCCCUCCAGCAAGGACACACUAAUCUACCGUGAGGUCCCAGCACAUCUGCAGAACAGCUGGGAGAGCUAUUACAUGGAGAUCCUGAUGGUGACAGGUCUCCUGGCUUACAUUAUGAAUUACAUCAUAGGCAAGAACAAGAACAGCAGACUGGCUCAGGCCUGGUUUAACUCGCACAGAGAGCUGCUGGAGAGCAACUUCGCCCUCGUCGGUGAUGACGGGACGAGUAAGGAGCCCACCAGCACAGGGAAGCUGAACCAAGAGAACGAGCACAUCUACAACCUGUGGUGCUCCGGACGCGUGUGUUGCGAGGGCAUGCUCAUUCAGCUCAAGUUUCUUAAAAGACAGGAUCUGUUGAACGUCCUGGCCAGGAUGAUGAGGCCUGCUUGUGAUCAAGUGCAAAUCAAAGUAACUCUGAACGACGAGGACAUGGACACGUUUGUGUUUGCGAUGGGAAACCGGAAGGCCAUGGGGCGCAUGCAAAAGGACAUGCAGGACCUGAGUGAGUUCUGCGGAGACAAGCCCAAGUCGGGGGCGAAGUACGGCCUCCCUGACUCUCUUGCCAUCCUAUCAGAGAUGGGUGAGGUCACGGAUGGACUGAUGGACAACAAGAUGGUACACUACAUCACCAACCAUGCCGACAAAAUAGAGUCCGUCCAUUUCUCGGACCAAUUUUCUGGUCCAAAAGUUAUGCAAGAGGAGGGUCAGCCCUUAAAGCUCCCCGAGACCAAGAAAACACUACUGUUUACAUUUAAUGUGCCUGGAAUGGGGAACACUUCACCCAAAGACAUGGACAGCCUGCUGCCGCUCAUGAACAUGGUGAUCUACAGCAUCGACAAAGUCAAGAAGCUACGCCUCAACAGAGAGGGGAAGAUGAAGGCGGAACGGAACCGCGCUCGCGUCGAAGAGAACUUCCUGAAGCAGACUCACGCUCAGAGGCAGGAAGCUGCUCAGACACGUCGGGAGGAAAAGAAGAGAGCGGAGAAAGAGAGGAUCAUGAACGAGGAGGACCCUGAGAGACAGCGGCGCCUAGAGGAAGCCGCUCAGCGCCGAGAGCAAAAGAAAAUGGAGAAGAAGCAGAUGAAGAUGAAGCAAAUUAAAGUGAAAGCCAUGUAAACCCCCCCCAACACACACACACACACACACACACACACACACACACACACACACACACACUGCUUCCAUAGCUGCUGGCAUCUAAGAAUGUAUCCAUUGCUUCCAUAAGAUCCAAACUUGUAAGAGUCUGAUAGCCGUUAGCUUUCAGGUUGUUUUUUUUAAUUGAAAGAAACAGUUUCGAAUUUGAUUUUCUGCUGCGCCGCGUUUGUCCAGUAACCGAGAGACGCCGGACGUGAGAUCUGCACCUCCUCGACGUUUAAAGGUCUGAUUAGUUGGAAUAAAACUAUGGCGAUGAAAUUAAAAGAAUCUCUUAACUGAAUUUCGCACUUAAGGGUCUGUGUUAUGAUGCGUGUACAUUUCAAAAUGCUGAUGAAAUAAUAUAAUGAUAAUGAUGAUGAAUUUUCCAGAUGACUCAGAUUUUUAUUUAGAAUUUGAAGUUUUUAAUCGCCCACCUUUUUAAGUGUGACGUUCAGUUUGAGAUUUUAGAUUUAGAACCAAGUUUCAGCUUGUAUUUAAUUAAAAAAUUCUAACGGCUAAAUUCACCCAAAAGAACCGAAACACUCCUGGUUUAGUAGCAGCAUCUGAGCAGAGAGCUUAGUGGCUUUAGUCAAUUAAUGUACUUCAGUCUGUGUAAGAUGAUUUAAAUAAAGAAUACAGAAUCAUGUGAGAUGAAUACACUACAAAACUAUGUUUAAUUUUCUCUCUGUAAUGUGAUCGUGAUGGAAAAGCAGGAAAAUUGAUUUAUUUACGCUACUAAACUCUUGUAAUCCUAUUUAAUAUCGAAAGGAAAGACACAGUUUUUAAUAAUGAGAUCAAUUCCAUUAUACCCAGAUUAAAUAGAUCACGAAUAACCACUUUUAACGUUUGUUUGUAAGAUUUAAAAAUAUUUGAUCAAGUCCAAAAACAAUCCAAAACUAAUGAUUAAGGAUUUCUGAAGUGACCCUGCACUGGAUUUGCUCCAGUACGUCGACGUCUAGCCGAUUCAUUCUGUUUAAACAUCACCGGCCCUGAAAUUUCUCACCACCCAAAUGUUUCUGUCUGUUUUUCCGGAGAAGUAGAACCACCUCUUCCCACAUGCCGGGUCUCACCUGUAGCUCAGUACAGAACUUGCUCCACCUGAAUCACCCGAAUGCUUCCCUUUGGUCCUGCGCUGAGCUGUGCAGCGUGUAAGCUUUCUUCCGUAUCAUACGGUGACGACGCUGUAAAACACGCCUCACUCGUCUCGUAUCAAUUUUCACACCUUCGUCCGUCUCAGAGCUGUAGUUUUCCCCGCUUUCACUUGAACCCGGGCGAGCGAGGAAGCACACGGUGCGUUUUAUAAUACUGUACACUCACAAAAAUUCAUCUCCUUUUAUAGAAAAAAAUGGCGACCGUUUUACUUUUUAUGAGAAAACGAACGAGAAAGGGCUCGGCGUGUCUGUCUUCGUUCACUCACAGCAAUCACUUUAUGUAUUUAAUAAGAUUUUUUUUCUUUUUUUUUUAAUUUAUAAUUUACGUGUGUGGUUCAUCUGUCACAUGGAUGUGUUUGUUGAUGCACAUGAGAAGCGUCACACUUCAGCCUGUUUCUGUACAAUUUGUCUUUUCGUCCAAAGAGACGCUGAGCAAAACCGAAUAAAACAUGCACUGAACAAUUGAA